AUGGGGUUGGCCCGGACUUUACCUCGAGCUUUUUAUCGAGCCGAGUCGUUUUUCUUUGGUCUUGAUGUGGGAUUGUUAAUUGGUUCUGCUCUACUCAAAAUUUCUUCUUCUGCAUUCUUCAAGAAAUCUUCCCAAUUCUUGAAAAUUCCUCCCCUUCGUUGCAAUGUCUUGCUCCAUUAUCGCUUUUCUCAUUUGCAUUCAACCUCAAAUUUUCUUCAUACUUCUUCAAUCAAGAAAUCGAUUUCACUAUUCUACACCCGUCACUUGAGAACUCAUAAUUAUCAUUAUUUUAAACCACAGCUGUGGUCUUCUCUAUUAUCCAGUCUAAACUCUUGCAAAAGCCUUCAAACGCUCAAGAAAAUCCAUGCUUUUAUAAUAGUCUCAAAUGGGCGUGAGUUAUCUCUUUCAAUUGUUUCAAAGUUCAUAUCUUUAUAUGUUGAAUUGGAUGAUGUUGAUAGCUCUGUUUCUUUUCUUAAGUGUUGGAAUGAACCCAAUGCUUUUUUUUGGAAUUCAAGCAUCAAAGCACAUGUUAAUGCGGGUUUUGAUGGAUCGGCAUUCUGUGUUUAUAAGUUAAUGAGAGAAAAGGGUGUUCCACAUGAUAGUUAUACACUUCCAAUAUUGAAUGGAUCGGUUGUGUUACUUGAAAGUGGCAAAAGAUUUGCAGAUAUGAUUCACUGUGUGGCAGUUCAAAUUGGUUUUGAAUAUGAUGUUUACUUUUGCAAUACUAUGAUUGAGGCUUAUAUAAAAAAUGGGUGUUUUGUGAAUGCUCUGAAGAUGUUUGGUGAAAUGCCUCACAAGGAUUUGGUGUCUUGGACGUCGAUGAUUUCGGGGUAUAUUGGUGAAAGGAAUGUUGGUUGUGCUUCUGGAUUGUUUAGUGAAAUGCGGAAAGAGGUGGAGCCUAAUGCGGUGACAAUUUUAGUGAUGUUACGAAUAUGCUCAAGUGUGCUUGAAGGGAGACAGAUUCAUGGUUAUGCAAUCAAAAGUGGUUUCUUGGUUGAUCAGUCUGUGAAAAAUUCUAUCUUGAAAAUGUAUGCUGAUAUUUGCAAUGCUGAUGAUGUGGAAACUCUUUUUGAUGAAAUUGACAAACGAGAUGUUGUUUCUUGGAAUAUAAUGAUAUCUUUGUAUUCUUCCGAAGGAAAUACUUUGAAUAUGACCAAUUGUUUCCGUAAAAUUUGGGACGAGUCAAAACCAAACAUUGAGACAUUAACUCUACUCGUUUCAGGGUUGGCGGAGGCUGGAAACCUUAGUCAAGUUAGGCAAAUACAUUGCCUUUCAAUAAAGAAUGGACUUUUCGAUGAUAUCCUACGAACAAGUUUGUUAGAUUUUUAUGCAAAGUGUGCCGACUUGGAGGCAUCAACUCAGUUAUUCACAGAAGUCUUGUAUAGAAACUGUAUUACUUGGGGUGCUAUGAUGUUGGGGUUCACUGAAAACGGGUACUUUAAAGAGGCGAUUGAAUUGUUUCGGCAAAUGUUAGCUGCAGGUGUUCAACCCAUGGCUGAAAACAUGAGAAACCUUCUUCGUGUAUGCACACAAAUGGGUGCUCUACAAUUGGGUAAAAGCGUCCAUGGAUACCUUGUAAGAAACUCGUUUUUCAGUUCUAAUGAAGAAAAUAGAUCCUUGGAGACUUCGACUCUUAAUAUGUACAUUAGAUGUGGGAGCAUUUGUGCUGCAAGAACUUGUUUCAAUAGAAUUCUUGUAAGAGAUCGUGUAACGUGGGCAUCAAUGAUCGAGGGUUCUGCGAUACAUGGAAAGGGUUUCGAAGCAUUGGAACUUUUCCAUCAGAUGGUGGAGGACGGAAUCGAGCCAAAUUCUGUUACCUUUAUAAGCUUAUUAUCUGCUUGUAGCCACUCAGGCCUUCUGCACGAAGGCUGUGAACUCUUGUGUUCAAUGAAGUCAAGAUUUGGCAUUUUUCCCGAAUUAGAUCACUACACUAGCAUUGUUGACUUAUUGGGUCGAUCUGGCAAGACGAAGGAGGCUUUGGCCAUAAUCGUGAAAUUCGUGAUUUUCCCGGACAGUAGAAUCUGGGGUGCACUUCUUGCCGCCUCCAGAGUUAACAUGGACAAAAAACUUGGGGAAUAUGCAGCCGAAAGGCUUUUUCAGUUGGAACCCAAUAACGUUGGGUAUCACACAGUCUUUAGUAAUGUGCAAGCUAGUGCUGAAAAGUGGGACGUAGUGGAAGAAGUUAGAAGUUCUAUGAAAAACAGAAAUAUGACGAAGCAUCCCGGGUGGAGUUACUUAGAAGCAAAAGGUACAUUUCAUGGCUUUGUCUCGGGAGAUAGAUCACAUCGUCGAACUGAUGAAAUAUAUGACAUGAUAGAAUGUUUAGGUAGGAAUACUCUAGACAUAGGAAAUUUGUCGUUCAACUGA